GGGUUAGGUCACGUGAGGACCUCAGACCCGGAAGUAAGCGCGCGCGUGUGUGUGUGUGUUUUCCUGGACCAUGCUGCCAGUUUGUGUUCCCUGAUAAUACUGCAGAGUGUGUGUUUACAGUCAGAGUGCACUAAGUGUGUGUGUGUGUGUGUGUGUGUGUGUGUGUGUGUGUGUGUGAGAGAGAGCGCGAGCAGGAUGAGCGGUGUGUGUAGAGAAGUUCUUACUCUACAGAUCGGACAUUACUCCAACUUUGUGGGGACUCACUGGUGGAACCUGCAGGAUGCGUCUCUGUGUUAUGGUCCUGAUGUCCCACCAGAUGAGCUGCAGAGUGAUGUGCUGUUUAGAGAAGGUCUCACCAUGUCGGGACAAAUCACCUACACACCCCGCCUUAUUGCCCUCGACCUGAAAGGAAGUCUGCAGACUCUGAAGCAGGAAGGCUGUUUGUACGCCACAGAGAAGGACAACAGCGCCUUCACAUGGCAGGGUGAAUUAGUCACUCAUUCAGAAACUCCUGCAGAUAAAAACAUGUUCCUGCAGGACCUCGACAGACUGGACACAGGGGAGUUGAUAGCAGAACCAGACUUCUCCAAUUCAACUGCUUCAGCCAGACAGUCCUCCUCAGCAAAUCCUGUGGCUGUGGAGACGGUGAACAGCAGUUUGGAGCGAAUUCGGCGAUCCUAUAGGCUGGAGGACAGUGUGAGGGUUUGGUCCGACUUCUUAAGACUUCAUCUCCAUCCUCAUUCCAUAUCCGUCAUCAAUCAGUACAACCAUGACAGCGAUGCAGCAAGGUUGGAGGCGUUCGGUCAGGGGGAGGCGCUGUUACAGGGCUCUGAGUUGGAGGAACUGGAGGAUAAACUGCAUUUUUUCAUAGAGGAGUGUGAUUACCUGCAGGGGUUCCAGGUGCUGUGUGAUCUGGCUGAUGGUUUCUCAGGUUUGGGGUCAAAAAUCACAGAGCUGUUGCAGGACUCCUAUAGUGGGCGGGGCAUCCUGACAUGGGGCAUGGCUCCUGUCAGUCACUCUGAUUCAAGUCCGAUUAAGGAGGCGUAUCACAUGAUGAACUGUGUUCUGGGAAUGGUGCACAUGGCCAAUCACAGCUCAUUGUUCUGCCCUUUGACCUUGAGGGGCGGGCUCGGGAGAUGUCCAGCUCCGCCCAUGUCCUUCCCUCUCCUCAGUUAUGAUCCAUCUCUGUGGUAUCACAGCAGCUCAGUGUUAGCUCUAGCUCUGGACGCGAUGACCGCCCCCUACAGGCUGAGAUACAACAGCGUCCCCAUGUGGCAGCUGGCGGAUGCGUUUAACUACUCAGGGAGGAAGGUUGUGUGCGCUUAUGGGUCUGUCCCAUUUCCCAUGAUGCAAGGUAGCAGUCUCCCUGACGCACUAACCGCCUGUGCUGAUACGUUACCCUGGAAACCUUUAUCAGGCUGCCCCGAGCGGGCCAACGGGCGAUGUUUCGGCCAGUCGGUGACGCUGCGGGGGCUGGAGGGGCAGAGCCAAGUGAGUUCUCUGGCUCCUGGAACAGAACCUUCCUCCAUUCUGCACUCUGCUCAGUCAGGAGAAGACGUUCUGGGCACAUACCUUACAACACACUACCCUUCUACACCACUUGCAAUACAGUUGCUCUCCUCUCCUAGUAAAGUGACUCCACCCUUUCCUCAGAUCUUCAAUCCAAUACUCGACUCCCAGGGUUUCUUACAGAACCAAACAUCUAGUACAGUUGCUUCCCCACCGGUUCUGUCUCUUCCCGUGCUGUCGAGUUUACAGUCCAGUUCCUCCAUCUCUCAUUUCUUAGCCGAGCUGCAGAAGUCCUGCAGCGCCAUUGAUUUACGCCGGAUUUCUCCCAGUUUCCUUUCUCCUGAUGACCAAACCGAAAUGGCAGAGAGCCUGGAGCAGCUCCGGACACUGGCACACUGUUACCGUGACGACAGUGGUGGCCUGGUGCUUAUGGAAAGUUCCAGAGACUCUGCUGAGAAGACAGUGAGAGAUCGGUGAGACUACAGGAGAACGUCAAUAAACUGCGGCCCUGUAGAGCAGCUUCCCCUUCACUGUCCCAAGGUUCAUCUCCUCUUCGCCCCUGCACUCCUGGAGGGGAACCUCCACACCUGUUGAGGUCAGGAGCGAUGUCCAGCUGGGGAAAGAAUUUCUCCUCUGCAGAACCGCUCUCACCGAUUUCAUACUCCUUCAGCUGAACACACUUCUCUGCUGUUAGUGUGGACCUCCAGCGAUUUAGGAGCUGGUUAACGAUGCGCAGGGACUGGAGUCCCAUACGUGCUUCGUUCAAGGUUCUUCACUUGUGACAGGUCUUUCCCUGUGAUGUUUAACAGCUCCCGGAGUGUGAUAAUAUUAGUUCAGAUCAGAGCUCUGGACACUGUAGUGUUCCGCAGACUUUAAUCUGUUUUUUUUUUCUUUUUUUUUUCUUUCAAAUAAAGUCCACGGUAAAAGACUGGUAAUCCGGACGUAUCCAACGUGUGUGUGGAAUUAAACAAAGUUCUGUCCAGUCCCAGUCCACCCACUAUGUUUAAAAGUCCACUGGCUGCUGUUCUCCAUACCAGGUUCCUGGGCCCAGUUAGGAGUCUCUAAAUCAACUGAGGGCGAAAGGCUGCAGCUCUACUGGCGAGAUGAACCAGCCGCUGACCCAUUUCCUCCUUGGGCAGAUGGAGGACACUCUGCUGAAUCCUGUGAAGACCAUCCCAGAAGAAGUCCAUGAGCGGGCCUGGAUGAUUGCUAGCAGGUUAGGCAGUGGAUCCAAGCAUGCCAGCUUGUGCCAGAGAGAUGGCGCUGCCAGGUUGUUGAUGACCAGCGUUCGGCCCCUGUAGGAUAUCUGUGGAACCAGCCGCUUCCACCUGCUCAGUCUGCCUUUGAUGUGCUUUACAGUCCCUUCCCAGUUUUUACUUAAAAACUCAUUACUUUCCAGGUAGACACCCAAGUAUUUAAAACCAUCUCUUUUCCACACCAAACCUCCUGGUAGUGUCUGCUCCCCACCUCCCCACUCCCCAAAUAAAACUGCUUCACUCUU